GCGCAGGCUUCCCAUCGUUUCCAUCUCGUUCCGAGCGCGGCGGCUCCUCACACCCCGGGCGACAAGAUGACAGUCAAAAGCUUCAACCAGGGCCAACAAUUCCGGCCACGAAUGGCCUUCCUGCGCAAGAUCGAACCUCUGAUCAUGGAGAUGCAGGAUUCCGGGACUGGCAUCAAAACACACACCCAGAGGCUGAUGAUCACCACCAUUCCUCAUGCUAUGACAGGAAAUGAUGUGUUGGAGUGGCUGAUUCAUCGUCUGCAGGUCACAGAGGAAGAAGGCAGCCUAUUGGGAAAUCUACUUGUGAAACUUGGAUAUAUCUACCCUUUACAGGAGCCCAAGAACUUAGUCCUGAAGCCAGACAACAGUCUUUACAGGUUCCAGACACCGUACUUCUGGCCCAGUCAGGAGUGGCCAGCGGAGGACACUGACUAUGCAAUUUAUUUGGCAAAGAAAAAUAUCCGUAAAAAAGGCAUGUUGGAAGAAUAUGAGAAGGAAAAUUAUAACCUCUUGAACCAAAAGAUCAAUCAUAAGUGGGACUUCAUCAUCAUGCAGGCGAAGGAGCAGUACCGGGCAGGCAAAGAACGUAAGAAAGCGGAUAGGUUCGUUCUGGAUUGUCAGGAGAGAGCCUAUUGGCUGGUGCACAGACCAAUGCCGGGCUCCCUGGAUGCGCUGGACUACGGCAUUAACCGAGCCACUGACCCUAACGUGAAUAAGGUAGAACAGAGAAAGACCUAUGACUCUUACAGGAGGGAGAUCAUGUACUAUCAACAAGCGCUGGUGAGGUCCCGAGUGAAGUCCUCCGUCUCACUGGGAGGGAUUUUGAAAUAUUGUGAGCAGUAUUUCACCCACGACCCCAUAAUGUCAGGGUGCCUUCCCAGCAACCCCUGGAUUACUGAUGAUACGAUGAUCUGGGAAAUCAACACCCCGAUGGUGGAGAACCCGACCAGGCUGCGGGUGGAGAGGUGGACGUUCAGCUUCCGCGAGCUGAUGAGGGACCCCAGGGGCCGGCAGAACUUCGAGCUCUUCCUCAAGAAGGAAUUCAGCGGAGAGAAUCUGGCCUUCUGGGAGGCUUGCGAAGACUUGAAGUACGGGGAGCAGUCAAAGGUCAAGGAGAAGGCCGAGGAGAUCUACAAGACCUUCCUGGCACAGGGAGCAAGACGCUGGAUAAACAUUGAUGGCAGGACCAUGGAGAUCACGGUGAAGGGUCUGCAAAACCCUCAUCGCUAUGUGCUGGAUGCUGCCCAAACUCACAUCUACAUGCUGAUGAAAAAGGAUUCAUACCCACGUUUCUUGAAGUCCCCCAUUUACAAGGAGACACAAAAUAAGGCAUUGGUUCCUGAGGAGACCAAGCAGAAGAGCAACUUCCCCUUCAUGAGGAGGCAGCGGCGCUCGAGCCCCAGCCCCGUGGUCCUGAGGCAGCUGGAGGAGGAGGCGAGGGCGCGGGCAGCGGCCAGCACCAAGGUGGUUGAUAUCACGCAGAUCUGCAGGUUCACCGCUCCUGUUCCCAACCUGACAGUGUAUACAGGAUUUUGUCAUUCACCGAGCCCUUCCUCGUCGGAUCCCGGCAACGGUGACCUUUUCUUCUGCUCCCCCAGAUACGCCUCCCUACCAAACUGCGCCGCCUGCUCCUCGCCCAUCAGUGUUGCCUUGGACCCUAACCCAGCACCGGAGAGCAGGUGGGAGCCGAGCAGUGCUGCUCCCAAUCCGUUAUCCUUGGCGGCGGAAAGCGUCGAGCCGUCCUCCGGGUCCAAACCCGACAGCUGUAACCAGAGACCGGCGUCCGCGGAAACCAAAGCUUCCCCGAAAUCCAGAAUGACGCUGUCCCUCAGUAGGUUCCUGAAGCGGGGUUGUGCGAACUCGCCGGUGUUUGCAACUUUGUCGCCAACGUGCAUCUCGCUGAGCAACGGAAAGAUCCAGCCUCUAAACAGUGAUGAGCAACAGCCAAAGCAGAAGCCAAGGCGAGUGUCCAACUUUUUCCAAAUCAAAGUCGACAUCCCAUCUGAGUGCAGAAUUUACCCCAUCGACUCCGAGGAGGAGAAUGAGAACAGUCAGCAUAGUGGAAGAGACUCGACCAAGGAGGUCGUCUGCCCGUGGGAGAAUGUCGUUGAGGAGAAUAAAGCAGGGUAGACGACCAGAUCUGCUCACAAUACUCCAAAAAUUUGGUCUCUGGGCUUCUGAGGGACCCAACUGCUUGAGUUGCCUUGAUGCCUGUAGAAGAAGGCCGAACUCUUCAAAUUCAUCGAUGGAAACUGCUAAAGGAACAGCCAAACUUGGAAUGUCAUUUAUUUGUCCAUUCCUGCAUUCUCUUCUUUGUUUAACUAUUAUAAUCCCUCCAUUCUAUUCCUCUCAGAAUGGCUAUUCCAGCUCCCAAAUUCUGGUUAUCUAGGGUUUCCAGGCCACAGGCCACUGCUUUAGUCACUGAAACAUAAUAGCUUUCCGUGUAGAAUUAAUCUUUAAAGGAAGAGAGAAAAUUUAAAAAAUAGUGGAAAUCUGAAAUAAAACAAAAACUGCUGGAAAUGUUCAGCAGGUCAGUCAGCAUCUGUGGAGAGACAAGAGACAACUUUUCAUCAGGUGAAAGGUUAUCAACAUGAAAUGUUAAUUCUCUCUCUCUCUCUCUCUCUCUCUCUGUCUUCACAGUGAUCUGUUGAGUACUUCCAGUUUUUUCUGCUUCUUAAAAAAAAGACAGGAUGUAAUAUGUCUUGAUGCCUAGAUGAGAAACUUCAUCUUAGGCGUCAAGAGGGCAAAGUCCACCCAUCCAUAAAAAAUUCAGGAACUCCUGUCUACGCAAGGAAAAACAGAGUCGACUGUACCUGUGACACCUCCCUCCCCAACAAUGUAAACAACUUUUAUGCCCCCUUUGAGGCAAGUAACACCAUGCCAACCGUGAAAGCUACCCCCAACCCCCAGGUGAGCAGCCACGAUCUGUAACAGCAGCAGGCGUGAGAAGAACUCUGCAGAAAGUUAACCCCUGUAACCCGCCCGUGCCAGCCAGCAUCCCAGGCCCAGUACUCAGAGUGUGCACACCAGCUCACAGACAUCUCCAACACUUCACUCAUCCAGGCUGCGGUCCCCACAUGCUUCAAAUCAGCCACCAUCAUCCCUGUACCAAAGUACCCUACACCUUCUGAGCUAAAUGACUACCGCCCAGUGGCACUGAUGCCAAUCGUCGUGACGUGCUUUGAACGGCUGGUAAUGGCACAUAUCACAAGCUCCAAUCCUACCACAAUGGUCACUCACCAAUACGCUUACCAGCAGAACUGCUCUAAGACAGACUCCAUAGCAUCUGUCAUGCACCUGGCCCUGACACACCUAGAAUACAAGGACACUUUUGUCAGAGAGCUGUUUCUGGAUUUCAAUUUGGCAUUUAACACUAUUGUCCCACAGAACUUGGAGAACAAACUCGGUCCUCGGUCUUGGUCUAAAUACACGCCUGUGCAGCUGGGUUUUGGACUUUCUAAUGAACAGAUAGUCAGGUUGCACGACCGGCCCUCCCUCCCCGUCAUCCUCAACACAGGUGCCCCCUAGGGCUGUGUGCUGGGCCCGUUGCUCACACAGGCUGCAUGGCCAAACUCCCGAGUAAUCACCUUGUCCAGUUCACUGAUGACACACACUGGUGGGGAUCGUCACCAGCAACGAUGAAACAGCCUACAGAGAGGAAGUGGAAGAGCCUUGAGGGCUGGUGCCAGGCAUGUAACUUCUUCCUUAAUGUCAACAAGAUAAAGGAAGUGGUUAUCGACUUCAGGAGGACUCACAUCACUCACACCCCUCUUUACAUCGGCAGCAGAGCAGUUUCAAACUCCUGGGAGAUCACAUCACGCUCAACCUCUCAUGGUCCCAGAACAUAUCCAACACAGUCAGGAAAGCUCACCAAUGCCUAUGCUCAUAUCAUUCUACAGAUGCACAGUAGAGAACCCUAACACGUGCAUCACUGCCUGAUAUGGAAACUGCACUGUGGUGGACAGGAAGGCUCUGCAUUGGGUAGUCAAAACUGCCCAGUGCAUCACCAGCACCAGUAUUCCAGCCACCGAGGGCACACAUACAGAAAGGUGCCGGAAAAGAAGGGCCAAUCACAUGAAAGAUCCCAUAUUGAUUGGCUCAUUGAUGCCAAUCCCA